AUGUCCCAAGUGGAACUCAAACCAAACCUGGAACACUUCCAUCCCUUUGGAUCUCCUCUUUAUGUGCUUUCUGACAAUUUGCAAGCCCUAAAAUCUCACAACAAGUGGACUGAUCGCACUCGAGUUGGUAUCUUUUUAUGCCACUCACCAAAUCAUGCAUCCAGCGUACCAUUAGUAUUGAACACCAAAACAGGUUUUGUCUCACCGCAAUUUCAUUGCAUUUACGAUGACGGAUUUGACACCUGUAAACGAGAUGUUCAUUUCACAUCCGCAUGGCAGCGUAAAGCUCAAUUGCAUCUCGAUGAACAAAAGAAACCAAAAACUCUUCUUUCUACCACCAACUUGUUCGCACGCAAUCCAGGAGAGAAAGAAGUCCCACUUCCAAUUGUGCCUCAAUUCAUCACGCAAUGGGACGAUGGCCCUUCCUUGGGAGAUUUGACCGAUGAUUUGGAUUCUAACCUUGAUCUCUCUUCUGUGGCACCAACCGUGCCACCACCAGCACCUCCAGAUGAAAACGUCGACGACAAUAUUCAAAUUGAUGAUGUCCAAAUUGACAAUGUUCAAAUCAAAGAACCCUUUGUACACACUUGUUCAGGACGACAUGUCAAACCAAAUACGCGAUACUUCAAUGAUAAAAUGGUUCACGCACAUUCGGCAUUUCUUGAGACUUAUUCUCCCAUGUACGAUGAUGACAUCAGAAAUUGUCAACUACUACAAGCAGAUCACUCCGAAGAACCGCAUUCUUUUGCCUCCAUUUAUGGAUUGGCAGGAUCCACUGAUCUAGAUACAAUGACUUUCUCAGAAGCAAUGCGCGCCCAUGAUAAGAACAAAUUUGUCAAGGCCAUGUAUAAAGAGCUGGGUGAUCAUAUCAGAAGGAAACAUUGGAAAGUUGUCCCAAUCGGAAGUAUUCCAACCCACAAACGAGCCAUUCCCAUGGUGUGGGCUAUGAAGCAAAAGAAGAACCCUUUAGGGGAAAUCAUCAAGUGGAAAGCUAGAUUAUGCUCUGGCGGUCACAGGUCCAUUGAGAAUGUUGACUACUGGAACACAUAUGCACCAGUUGUAUCUUGGAGCACUGUUCAUCGAUCCAUCAACGUUUACAAAUUGUUACAGAACCUUUAUGGCUUCAAAGAUGCUGGACGCACAUGGUCACAGUUUCUUCACAAGGGAUUGAUUGAUCGAGGAUGGAAACAAUCAAGUAUUGAUUCUUGCUUGUACACCAAACAAAACAUUAUUUUGGUACUCUAUGUGGAUGAUGCUUGUUUACUCUCACCAGACAAAAAUCUUAUCAACAGAGAAAUCAAAUCCCUUCAAGAACAGUACAACCUCACCGACAAUGGAGAACUACAGGAUUACCUUGGUACCAGAUUCACAAAAUUACCAGAUGGUUCCAUCUUAUUGGAACAACCACAAAUGAUCAACCGAAUUUUGGAAAUGGUUGGAUUGGAUGUUUCCGAUUCCAGCCGAGUCAAGACACAUGAUUGUCCUGCCUUGAGUACCAACAUCCUCGAUAAAGAUCCUGAUGGAACACCUCACGGAUAUGAUUGGAACUACAGAUCAGUUGUUGGGAGUCUCAGUUAUGUACAGGCAAUGAUACGUCCAGAUAUCACAAUGGCCAUACAACAAUGUGCAAGAUUCUGCAAUGAUCCCAAAGAAUCGCAUGCCAUGGCCGUUAAACGCAUUUGCAGAUAUUUAUACAAAACCCGCCACAUGGGAUUACACUUCAAACCGGAUAAGACAAAAGGACUGGAAUGUUUUGUUGACGCCGAUUGGGCAGGAUCUUGGCAAGAUCAAACAUCUACUGAUCCGCUGUCUUCACAAUCAGGAACUGGAUAUAUUUAUGCUGGUUGUCCAAUUGUCUGGGCAUCCAAGUUGCAAACGCUUGUUGCACUGUCCACAACUGAAGCGGAGUACAUUGCGCUAUCAUCAUCUCUACGCGAAGUUAUCGCACUUAUGAACUUGAUCAACGAAUUGAAGUCAUUGGAUUUUAAACUUUCAGUUGAUACGCCAAAGAGAUCAGUUUAUCAAAUUACGAGAUCGAUUCAUGGGUUGGGACUCUCUCGGCAAGAGGGAGUGAGAGAUUAA